ACGGGGAAUUGGUAUGUACCACAGUACAUGCUGCUAGGUACCGAUAGCCAGGUGCUGCACAGUGGUUGUCGGCUGCUAGUGCACUUUAGUCCGUCGGGACCAAUUAGAAGUUAGAAAAGCACACCUGAUCGGGCAGAGGAAAGACCCAAAGAAAACAAUUUCCAUCAGACCGUUCUGUCGUUUCGGACCAAAUCUACAUAGUAGCAUCACCCGCGCCCAAUCCGAUUCAUUCCCAUCCACACACAAUACCCCAACACAAUUACUUUUUUUUUUUCCUCAACCGCAUUUGCUCGACAACUUUUGUCAAAAUAACAAAACAACAUCCGGCAUUGCGAAUAACCACAACCACCGAUCAAGAUGUCUAUCCCGGCCUUCGCUGAUAUUUCCAAGUCGGCAAAUGACUUGCUGAACAAGGAUUUCUACCAUCUCUCUGCCGGCACUAUCGAGGUGAAGAGUAACACCCCGAACAAUGUCGCUUUCAAAGUUACCGGCAAGAGCAGCCACGAGAAGGCCACUAGCGGUGCUAUCGAGGGCAAAUACGCGGACAAGUCACUCGGCCUUACCCUGACCCAGACAUGGAACACUGCGAACGCUCUCGACACCAAGCUCGAGCUUGCCGACUCGCUCGCCAAGGGUCUCAAGGCUGAGACCAUCUUCUCUUUCCUGCCCGCCAGCCAGAACAAGGGUGUUAAGCUCAACCUGACGUUCAAGCAAUCCGCUUUCCACGGCCGUGCCUUCUUCGACCUCCUCAAGGGUCCCACCGCGAACGUCGACGCCGUUAUCGGCCACGAGGGUUUCCUCGCCGGUGCCUCUGCCGGCUACGAUGUCCAGAAGGCUGCCGUCACCGGCUACAACGCCGCCGUCGGCUAUCUCGCCCCUCAGUACAGCGCCGCCGUUACUGCGACCGACAACCUCAGCGUCUUCGCCGCAAGCUACUACCACAAGGUCAACAGCCAGGUCGAGGCUGGUGCCAAGGCUACCUGGAACUCCAAGAGCGGCAGCAACGUCGGUCUCGAGGUUGCCAGCAAGUACCGCCUCGACCCUGUCUCGUUCGCGAAGGCCAAGAUCAACGACCGUGGCGUCGCCGCCAUGUCGUACAACGUCCUUCUCCGACCUGGUGUCACCCUAGGCCUCGGUGCCUCUUUCGACACCCAGAAGCUUGACCAGGCCACCCACAAGGUUGGCGCCAGCUUCACCUUCGAGAGCUAGGGGCUUCCUUAAGCGGUGGAUUGAUUGCGCUAGACGAGUUUCCGGGACGCAGAUGCCCAAUACCCUCUCAUGAACCAUUUGUACCCUAUACACACACAAGACAGGCAGGAUUCGCAUUCGGGUGGGUGUCUCUUGAAUGUAGAUUAGACCUCGGACGUUUUCAUGCCGACUAAAAUGGAAAUAAUGCUCGGAUGGUUCUGAAUGCAUAUGAAU